AUGCCCGGCAGAAGGUCCCACAAGAAGUCGAAAGCAGGCUGCCAGAGAUGCAAACAACGCAAAAUCAAGUGCGAUGAAGUUCAUCCAACUUGCGGGAACUGCUCCAAGCAUGGCGUGUCUUGCGACUUCGAAAGCGGUGCCUCUAAUGCCGGCACUCCUACUUCACAUCCCUCCCCAGCCCCUCGAUCCCACAGACCGAGCAUAGCAAGCUCAACCGGAGGCACCCCCUCAAGCUCCAGUUCUCGAUCUGCAGUUGCAACAUUGCCCCUCUACCAGACUCCAAGCGAUUUUAUAAGGGCGGAUGUCAAUCCCGCAAGCUCCCGGCUGCUAGAGCUAAGGUUGAUGCACCACUUCACUGCCCAGACAUCGCAGACUUUCUCAGACAUCGGCGAAGCUCGGAAUGCAUGGCAGGUGGAUAUCCCGACAAUAGCAUACGGUGCACAACAUCUUAUGGAUGCUAUCCUGGCCGUUUCGGCGCUUCACCUACGAGCUCUACACCCGAAUGAUCAGACUCUGGUCCGCGCAUCUCAUGGGUACAUGGCUUCUGCCCUGGCCCAAUACUCUUCGUUGCUAACGCAAGGCCUUUCGGAGUUAAACGCCGAAGCAUUGUUUUCUACAUCGGCUCUCAUCGCCUUCCAGGCUUCUGCCUCUAGGCGAUUCGAGGACUUAGACCGAGGCUAUAGCCUGCCGCUGGCUUGGUUCCACUCGUUCCAAGGCGUCAAGACGGUAGUAAUGGCGAGCUGGCAGUGGCUUAGGAAAAGUGACCGCGUGUUUCCCAUUAUCAAUAGCCAGCAUGCCCUUUCUCUGAACCUGGACCCGCAACGAAGAUUAUUUUUCGCGCCGAUCCUGGAGGGUCUCGACGAACAGCUUUGUUCUCUACCCGAAAACUUGGUCGUCGAGACUAGACAGGCAUAUGAGCACGCUGUCGCAUUUUUGAACUGGGCCCAUCAGACCCCUAUCCGAAACAGGAUUUUAGGAUUUGCUGCUACGGUAUCCCGUCGGUUCGUGGAGUUGAUGGCGCAAAAGGACCCGCGGGCCCUGGUGAUAGUAGCAUGCUUCUUUGCAUUGACCAGGAUUGUCGACGACGUAUGGUGGUUGCAGGGAGUUGCGAAACGAGAAGUUAAUGGAAUUUUCGGCAUGUUGCCGCGGGAAUGGUUGCCUAAGAUGGAAUGGCCGUUAAAGAUCGCCAACCAUGAGGGGAUAAUUGAUGGAGAACUCUGGGGGGAGCCUUUGAAUAGGUUGAAGAUGGAGCAGGAUCUGAAUUAUGAUAAUGUCUUCAAUCAUAUCGAUAUAUUGACGCGGGUUCUGGAAACCUGCACCCCUCCUCAGAUGCCGCCUGAUUAA